AUGGGGUCAACACAGUUUGGAAACUUCCAUGACUUCUGUCGCGACUCAACACUGCCCAUCUGCAACAUAUUUCCUGGGUUCACGUACCACGACCAGUCGGGAUUUGAAGGAGGGUGUGUUCUUACAGGCAUAUCCCUCAGUAAGGGACGACAUCUGGGAAAUCUAGGCGUCAUCUUGCUCUGUGGAGUUGCGAUUGUGGUAUCAGCAUUUCUGCUAUGGCGAUCAGAACGGAAACAAGCAGCCGUCGGACGAAGGGAAAUGCAACUCUUCCUCCUCGGAUAUAUCAUCAUCGAAAUAUGUGAAAUAUUCACAGUUGGAAAGAUCCCUGGCCUGAAGGAAUCUGUUCGGAUAGGGUUUACUGGUAUUCACCUCGGCAUGAUCAUUGCAACGCUUUGGAUCCUCAUGCUCAACGCUGCUGUUGGUUACCAAAUACUCGACGACGGCACAGCUCUCUCAGUCGGACUUAUGGUCGGUUCUGCUGCUGCGCUCUUCAUCGGAACGGGCUACAUCACCCUUGACACGGGUUUCUCAUGGACAGGCCACUUUGACCGAAGUCUUAGCGGCAACAACAGGCAUAUUGCCCUUUAUGUUCUGUAUCAGCUGGCACCCUUGGUCUUCCUAUUCAUCUUCUUCGUUCUGGAGACGGUAUUGGUCAUUCGAGUUCUGGGCGAGAGGAAACCCAUGAUAUACUUGUUUGCGGCAGCUCUCCUGUUCGCCAUUGGCCAAAUCUUCAACUACGUGGUCAGCAUCCAUAUAUGCAACGGGACCGAUGGCAAAAUCGACGGAUCGAUGUUUGAGACCCUUUUCACGCUUCUCUCUGUUGUUACGAUAUGGGUCUUCUGGUCCAGCAUCACUGAAGACGACUGGCCAAUGCCUGUCAAUAACACAUACUCGUGA